CCUUUCACAUCCUCUUUCUUUUUGAGUAAACGCUUCGCGGAGUUGCACGCUUUUUCCUCUUUUCAUCCUAAUUUUUCCGGGUAACAAUAUGUCGGAGGAAAUCGUUGAAUCGAAUGCUGAGCCAGUCCAGCCGCCACCACAGCAGGAGGAUGAAAUCUGGGAGGAGGAGGGCCCGCUAACCGUGCAGGCCCAAGCCAACGAAUGGCCGGAGAUCAAGCUUUUUGGUCGUUGGGGAUGCGAUGAUAUUUCCAUUAGCGACAUUUCGCUGCAGGACUACAUUGCCGUGAAGGAGAAGUUCGCACGCUACUUGCCGCACUCCGCCGGACGCUAUGCGGCCAAACGAUUCCGCAAGGCCCAGUGCCCAAUUGUGGAACGUUUAACCAGUGGACUUAUGAUGAAGGGACGCAGCAACGGCAAGAAGCUUCUGGCUUGUCGCAUCGUGAAGCAUGCAUUCGAGAUCAUUCAUUUGCUAACUUCGGAGAAUCCGCUGCAGGUCACCGUGAAUGCGAUUGUUAACUCUGGACCGCGUGAGGAUUCGACGCGUAUUGGACGCGCUGGAACUGUGCGUCGUCAGGCCGUCGAUGUGUCGCCCUUGCGUCGCGUGAAUCAGGCCAUUUGGCUGAUUUGCACUGGAGCUCGCGAGGCAGCUUUUCGUAACAUCAAAACUGUGGCCGAAUGUCUGGCUGAUGAGCUUAUCAACGCCGCCAAGGGCUCUUCGAAUUCGUAUGCCAUCAAAAAGAAGGAUGAACUGGAACGCGUUGCUAAAUCGAAUCGUUAAAUAUCGGUUUUUUUUCAAUAUUCAUCCCAGUAUUUUAAAGCACAAAUACAUAUACUGUUAUGUAAACCAUUGAACAACAAAAUAAAAAUACAUAAAGGUGUUUUAAAA